GCCGAGGCCGCCUGCGCCGGGCCGGAAGUGCGGACUGCGUUGGGGACUGGAGACGAUGGAGCAGGCCGAGGCGCACAACGGGAGCGGGGCCGGCGGGGCCUCCACGGCCGGGGCGGCCGGGGCUCGGCCUCCAGCCACCCCGGAGGGCAUGGCGCUGGCCUACGGCAGCCUGGUGGUCAUGGCCCUGCUGCCCAUCUUCUUCGGGGCGCUGCGCUCCGUCUCCUGCGCGAAGGGGAAGAAUGCUUCGGAUAUGCCGGAGACCAUUACCAGCCGAGAUGCUGCCCGCUUUCCUAUCGUUGCCAGCUGCACCCUCUUAGGCCUCUAUGUCUUCUUCAAAAUAUUCUCUCAAGAAUACAUCAACCUGUUGCUCUCCAUGUAUUUCUUUGUCCUGGGGAUCCUUGCCCUUUCCCACACCAUCAGCCCCGUGAUGAACAAAUUCUUCCCGGUCAAUUUUCCCAACAAGCAGUACCAGCUUCUCUUCACUCAGGGCUCUGGGGAAAGUAAAGAAGAGGCUGAUAGAGGUGAAAACGACGUGGUGGCUUUUGUUGCAGAGAUUGUCAACUACGAGUUCGAUAGCAAGGACCUCGUGUGCCUGGCCAUGAGCAGCAUCGUUGGAGUCUGGUACCUGUUGAGAAAGCACUGGAUUGCCAACAACCUCUUUGGCCUGGCCUUCUCUCUCAACGGGGUGGAGCUGCUGCAUUUGAACAAUGUCAGCACCGGCUGCAUCCUCCUCGGGGGGCUCUUCGUCUACGAUGUCUUCUGGGUCUUUGGCACCAAUGUUAUGGUGACAGUUGCAAAGUCCUUUGAGGCGCCCAUAAAAUUGGUUUUCCCCCAAGAUCUUCUAGAGAAAGGCUUGGAGGCUGACAACUUUGCCAUGCUGGGCCUGGGGGACAUUGUCAUCCCAGGAAUCUUCAUUGCUUUGCUGCUGCGCUUUGACAUCAGCCUCAAGAGGAACACGCACACGUACUUCUACACCAGUUUCGUGGCUUAUAUUUUUGGGCUGGGCCUCACCAUCUUCAUCAUGCACACCUUCAAACAUGCCCAGCCUGCCCUGCUGUACCUGGUCCCGGCCUGCAUCGGCUUCCCUCUCCUGGUGGCUCUGGUGAAGGGAGAAGUGGCAGAGAUGUUCAGCUACGAAUCCUCCGCCGAAAUCUUGCCCCAUACCCCAAGGCUCACCCAUUUCCCUAGCGUCUCCGGGUCUCCGUCCAGCCUCGCUGACUCCAUGCAGCAGACACUGUCCUGCUCCCACAGACGCCGGCAGCAAAACCCCAGCGCCAUGUAGCUCUCUCAGGCCUGCCUGUGUAGCCAGCUACGAGGAGAACUCUGCCCCCAAGGAGGUGCCCCCGGGGGAUGCCAAAGAAGGGAAGAAGGAGAAAUGACCUUGGGACGCUCA